GUUGCGCGCUCCAGACGCCAACAAGCACGAGCCGAGGCUUCCUCCUCCACAUCCAGCGCCAGAGCAAGAACCAGGAAGUGAAAGUAUACACAUGGAGGGUGUGUCGUUCCCUGCCAGUGAAUGUUUUAUUUUUAAAAACACAGUCCUCCUGGGAUAAGUAAUGGGGGACUCGGCGAGGACCAAGCGGCGAGAGCAGCUGAAGCGCUGGGCCGGCUCAUGCACCGACAAAGCGCCGGCCGUGCCCAGGCGGAGGUGGCGGGGCGAUGUCGAGAAUGGAGCAGGGGAGCCGGAGGCCGAGCUCAGCGACCCGUCGAGGGACCAGCCCGUGUGUGUAAGCAGAGAUGGAUCCAGCCCCUUCCUCAAACGACGGAAAAGGGUGAGGUUUGACAGGGCUGCAGAGUUCCUUGCUGCCUGUGCCAGCGGGGAUACGGACGAGGCCCAGGUGAUGCUGGACGAGGCCGAAGAGACCAGAAGGAGGGAUGGAGAAGAUGUGCCAGAAAUUAUCAACUGUUCCAAUGCAGAUGGAAUCACUGCUCUCCACCAGUCCUGCAUAGAUGGCAGCAUGGAAAUAGUGUCCUUCCUUUUAGAGCAUGGUGCCAGCGUGAACCAGGUUGACAGUGAGGGAUGGACACCACUGCAUGUUGCCGCAUCUUGUGGCUACCCUGACAUUGCAGAUUUUCUUGUGCAGCGAGGUGCGUCUCUUACUGCCGUGAAUUGUGACGGUGACGUUCCUCUGGACAUUGCUCUCGAUGAGGCCACUGAGUCCCUCCUUCAGAGUUACACUGUAAGACAGGGUGUGGACUUGGAAGCAGCUAAGCGGCUGGAGGAAGAGCAGAUCUUGAACGAUGCCCGGACCUGGUUGGCUGAGGGCCCACCCUCUGAUUUACAACACCCCAGGACUGGGGCCACCCCACUCCAUGUGGCUGCUGCCAAAGGCUACCUAGAGGCCCUCAAGAUACUGUGUCAGUGUGGGCUGGAUGUGUCAGCUAUGGACUCUGAUGGUUGGACGCCUCUCCAUGCUGCAGCACACUGGGGUCAGGGGGAGGCCUGUCGCAUUCUGGCUGAGCACCUGUGCAACAUGGAGGCCCGCAGCAAUGCGGGUCAGACACCAUUUGAUGUAGCUGAUGAAAGUGUUGAGGAGCUCCUGGAGGAGUUAUCACAGAAGCAAGCAAAUUCCAUAUUGGACCGGCAAAACCAACCAGGCUCCACUGCUGCAAACGCACAAAACAAACGGCGGAGGAGCUCAGUGUGCAGGAUGAGCAGUAAAGACAAGAUGAACGUGCAGGACCAGUCUAAAGAGAGAGGUGUUUCAGGAGGCCUGGAGCUGAGUGAGGAGAAAGAGAGCAGUCCUGAAAGCUCAACGGUGUCCAGUCCAGAAAGUGGGACCACAUCCACAGUCAGCUCUGCUGACAAGACACCGGAGGAGAAAGAUGAGGAGAAGGAGCAGGACAAGGCGAACCGCACUGCUAGAGUCCAACCCACUCCUCAGACAAGGGACCCUGCAGCUGAAAGCCCCAACACCCCCAACACUGACAGGCGCAAGUUCCAGGCUCCAGUCAGAGAUGAAGAGUCUGAGUCUCAAAGGAAAGCCCGCUCUCGACUGAUGCGGCAGUCUCGUCGCUCCACACAGGGUGUGACUCUGACAGACCUGAAAGAAGCAGAGAAGACUGUGGCUAGAGCUGCAGAUCCACCGCCUCGCAACAUCCAGCCUGUUAGCCCCAUUGUUACCGUCACGCCUGCUGAAAGGGAUACAGACCCAGUGAACCAGGGGGAGUCAGAGGGAGAGAAGCGUCUGGGAGUGAGGGACCGGAGGAAAGCAAGGAGGGAGAGACGCUCCACGGGCAUUGUUCAGCCAGGUGGAGAGAACGAAGAUGAUGAUGCUGAUUUGGAUGAUACAAACAGUAACAGUACCUCCAAUGAGACUGAACUGCGAGACCCAUCAGCUGACUACAGAACGCUGUACUUUAAAGAACUACAGGAGAACCUGGCUCUGAAGGACAAGCUGCAAGAGAUGGAGCUGCUGCUCAGCCAAAACAAAGUGGAGCUGGAGAGACUCCGACAGGUUCGGCAGACUGCAGCAGUUGUGUCGUCCCACACUCACCUGUAUGAACACUGUUUGUCUCUGUGGCAGAACCAAGAGAGCAGCACAGACAGGCCGGCCCUUCUGGAGCUGGAGAGAUUUGAGAAGUUGGCCCUCCAGAGGAAAGCAGUGGAACUGGAGGAUGAGCUGAAGGUUCUGGGGGACCUCAGAGCAGACAACCAGAGGCUCAAGGAUGAGAACGCCGCCCUCAUUCGAGUCAUCAGCAAACUCUCAAGAUGAAUCUCCAAAAAAAAAAAAAAAAAAAAAAAAACCCUAUGAGGAGAUGAAUAGUAUUACAGAAUUCUUCUUUUCCCAGCUCAGAAGACACAAACCAGGAAGGGAGACAGCAGCAUCCAACACCUGCACGGCACAUUCAACAGUAACUGGAACACCGUUUAGAUUUCAGGGUUAUUAGUCUGUGUUUCAGUCUUUAUGUUUUGGCAGAUCUACUGUAUAACAAGCUGAACUGCACCUCCUGUGGACUGACAGGACGUUCCUGCUCACAGCCACUUUUAUAUUAAGUCUUUAUUGUAUUUUUUUAACUGGAAUAUUUUAAUGUGCUUUGCCUCUCUGAUACUUUGUAUAAAUUCUGUAUUAAGAGACUUAAAGCCAUGCACAGUGCGAGCUCGCAGCAAUGUUUUAGAUAGCCUUCUUGACCUCUAAAGAGGUAGUGAAAAAAAUGCCAGUCGGGUGUUGGGGGUGGUUACUAGAAAAAGAAAAAAAAAGACUUACCAUAAAUGUGCCAAAAACCAGCCCCUGUUUUGCAUGUCCUUUGGGGAAAACUCCAAGUGGUCAGUGUUGUUUCUCAGGGUGAGUCUUGGGUCGAUGCUUUCGGUUUUGGCUGACUGCUGUAAAGGUGGACCAAAUUUGCAUGCUCAUUUCUCCCUGCUCCUCUGAAUGUAUAUUUAAUAUGUAUAUUUAUGUACAGGGGCCAUCUGUCCUGAAAGUGAUGGAAGGGUGUAGUCAUGGUCUCUGUUUACAAAGGAUGGCGAGUGUGGGGUGCUAACUAUGGAGGUCAGGCGCAGCUCUUGUACAGAGAGAUUUUUUUUUUUUUUUUUUUGUCAGAAAAUGUGUCUUACAAACGUCAGAUCUUUCAAGAGCUUUAGGAGAAUGCAUGCUCUAUCCUUAGUACUGUAAGUCAUUAGUUAUUUUUGCUUUACCAUUUUGACUGGACGCUUCUGAAAGCAACGACCCCUAAGCUAAGUAUUCACCCUGUGAUGGACGGCGGUGUUGAACAGACAGGCCAGAUGGGUCAACGUUUGAAUGUUUACUCCACUUUUAAAGAAAAAAAACUUGCAUGUCAAAUUGUAUUUUGAUGCCGUGCCUUUCGAUAUACAUUUAUAAGUAAUAUUUCUAUUUUGCUUUGGCAAGUGUACACUGUAAAGUAUGAAAUACAGUAUGGGCAUAAAUUA